AUGCAUCUUUCACCCUGGGCCACUGCCACUUUCAUUACCGCCGCUACGGCGGCUACUCUCAAGGUCAACUACUAUUCCGACGGCGGCUGCUCCAACUACAUGACCUCGCUCAAUCCAACAACCGACUUUUACUGCUAUGACUACGUCUGGUCCGGCUCCAACAGCGUGAAUAUCGCCGACUGCACGUUUCCGAAUGGAAAGUGCCUCUGCACUUUUUACACGCAGCCGCACUGUAAGGGCGCGCAACAGACUGUUGUCUACGGUGGGGACAAUUGUGCGUCGAACUGGUGCCGCGGAUUCUAUUCCAUGAGGUGCAGCAUUGAGCAUGGCCUCUGA